AUGGCCGAGAAGGACCUAGAAACCCGGCUCAAUCAUACCAAGUUCCUCAUGCAGAGAACCCUGGUAAACCAGGGGCACCAGGUCACUGAUGGCCAGGAUGCACAAAAUCAUCAAGCACAUGCUGACGGUCAGGAGGACCGGGUUAGAGCUCAGUAUCAACAGGAUAUUCAAAACAUCCGAGGACGCGUAGAACCUGGUGGAUAUAGGAGGAAGUACAGCAGGGGGCAGUAUAAUAAUAGCCCAUUCACUACUGAAAUAUUAAAUGUUGUCUUCCCAGAGGACUUCGACUCGGCACGUUUACUGAAAUAUGAUCGGAGCCAAGAUCCUCAGGUGCACAUAGAUGCCUUUGACACGGACAUGUAUAUUCGGGGAAUUGAUGAACCUCUCAUAUCCCGGAUAUUCGCUGUAACAUUGACGGGGGCGGCACAGGCAUGGUUUUCAACCUUGCCUGCUAAUUCCAUCGGAUCCUUUGAGGAGUUCGGACAGAAGUUCCUGUUGAACUUUGCAACCAGCAAGAAGCAUCCAAAGUCCGAGUUCGCUCUAGGAAAGAUACGACAGCAACCUGGAGAAACCCUCCAAAGAUACCUUAACCGGUUCAAGGACGCUGCACUGCAGGUCCCAGGGUUGCAGGAGAAUGUCCACGUCCAUCUCAUUGUCGCAGGUCUGGAUGGUGGAUCCAGACUCGCCAAGUCGGUCUAUAAGGACCCAGUAAAGACAUUGGAGGAGUUUAGAACUCGCUCGAAGAAAUACCUUGAACUAGAGCAAAUGGAGAUUGCAAAUGCGCAAUCUGAUGAAGUCAACAGAACAAGCCCGAGAAGGAGGAGUCCACCCCCGAAGGGAAAAGAACGACUUGACAGUAAGAAGAAGGAUUAG